ACACAUAUACCCGGUCGCCCAACACUAUAUGUGACGCACGACCUAUUUGAUUUGAGUGACAUGUAACCUGUAGUGAAUAUCCAGGUGUUAUGCUACGUCUACACAGACACAUUAUACAAGCAACAAAGGUACACUGUCGCCUAUCAUAAUCGCUAAAUGUCUUGACACAUGACCUACUUCUCUGAAUACCCGUCUGAAUGACACACAUCAAGCCAUACAUAUCCAGCUAGCAUAUCAACACCGGAAGUAUAAUUACAUACACUGUUCACCAGUGCUAGUAUCUAUUACUUGUGUCACUAGUUUCACACACCACCAACAUGUCCAUGCUGUACCUCCGUCUUAUCUUCACAGUUGGGACUCGACUGGUGGACGUUCCUCACAAACAACGUGUUUCUGCCCAGAACUAUCAGCUGACGUCAUCAUGUGGAGGUUCUGUGGAGGCAGGAGGGAACUGUACUCUGAUGUGUUACACAGGAGACGCUUCACAUGCAACUAUACAGUGGCAGAAUGGAACUAUAUUAUACAGCGUAAGCCAGGGUAGCUGCAGCUCCACCUCCCCCUCUCUCCCAGCUGACUACACCACCUCCUGCCACAGCUCCACCAACUACACCCUCACCAUCAACAACGUCGUGUACGGCAGGGAUAGAUUCAGAUGGAGGUGUGACUAUCAGUUUGGAAGCAGAGCCAGUAACCAGAUACAGAUGGAUGUUCUUGUUCCUCUGAACAGUGUUAGCCUUACUAGAACUACUACAUCUAUCGCCUGCGUCGCAGUCUCCAACCCACCACCGUCCAUGACGCUGUACAGAGACGGAACCAGAGUGGUGACCAGCCCAGCAGCAGUAGAGGGAUACACUGGCUGGACAGCCACCAUCAAUUACCAGCUAACAGGCAACAUGAGGAACUCUCUGUACUACUGCCAGGCUUCCAGCACACAGUCUAGACACAACUCUACUUAUUCCUUUCCUGACAUUGCUGUCAACAGUGUGUCACUAACAAACAUCACGUCAGCCAAUCAGGAAGUGGGAGCUGCUGAAGGUCAGCCCUUGGCCUUGACCUGUGUGGCCUCUGCCAGUUACCCUGCUGCCACAAUCACGUGGUACAAGCACAGUGUUCAGGUGGCAAGUGGGAUAUCCAUUGAUCACAUACCCCAAUCAGGCGUUGUCCAGACCACAAGUACAAUGACCUUCACCCCUGUCAGAGGUGACCUUGGUCAUACAGUCUACUGUCGCGCCACCAACAUCCACAACCCCUCCCCAGUGCAGUCUGACAGCGCCAGGAUAGGAGUAUGGUUAAGAGGACCUUCACCGCCGCCACAGAUUAUUGUGCUGCAUUACAGUCGGUCCAGAACAGGUUGAUGUGACAAAACCAGACAACUCUGUAGCUGUAGAGAACAGAAACCUGACCUUGACCUGUACUGCCUCCGCCUAUCCCAACGUGACGUUCACCUGGGACUACAGUGAUUGAACACCUGUAGAUGGCAGCACGGGGUCUGUGACAGGAUCUUCUACCUGGUGGUACCAGACUCUCACCUUCAGGCCAAACAAAAACAAGACAACCGUGAGAUGUCAGGUCAGAAACACAAGGACUUUGACAACUAAGACAGGUUCUGUGUCACUGGAUGUCAAAUAUCCCCCGCCUGUCCCUCCUUCCAUCACACAGUUUCCGGAUGUCAUGUUUGAAG